CACCGCCCCCGGAAACGCUUCCUCCUACGCGGCCGCUCCUGCCGCUACCGCUGGCGCUGGCGCUUGGCCUCUCUAGGCCGGCGGGGAGGACGGCUCCUCCAUGGUCCGGCCUGUCCGCCGGGGGUCCCGGUCCGGCCGCUGAGGCCAGCGUGACUCGAGGGCGCUGCGGCCCUGUCGUCCCGUCUCCGGUGCGGGGCGGGCCCCGGGGGGCGGCAUGGCGGGCCAGUUCCGCAGCUACGUCUGGGACCCUUUGCUGAUCCUGUCGCAGAUCGUCCUCAUGCAGACCGUCUACUACGGCUCGCUGGGCCUGUGGCUGGCCCUGGUGGACGGGCUGGUGCGCAGCAGCCCUUCGCUGGACCAGAUGUUCGAUGACCAGAUCCUGGGCUUCUCCACGCCCCCCGGCCGCCUCUCCAUGAUGUCCUUCGUCCUCAACGCCCUUACCUGUGCCCUGGGCCUGCUGUACUUCAUCCGGCGAGGGAAGCAGUGCCUGGACUUCACCGUCACGGUGCACUUCUUCCACCUCCUGGGCUGCUGGUUCUACAGCUCCCGCUUCCCCUCGGCGCUCACCUGGUGGCUGGUGCAGGCCGUGUGCAUCGCGCUCAUGGCCGUGAUCGGGGAGUACCUGUGCAUGCGGACGGAGCUCAAGGAGAUCCCCCUCAACUCGGCCCCCAAGUCCAAUGUCUAGAAUCGGGUCCCGUGUGGACGUGCCGCGGGGCCCCCCGGCCUGCUCAGACUCUCCGGCGGAGCCCGUGGGUGCGGGAGACGGCGGUGAGCGUCGGUGAAGAAGGCAGCUCGCUAGAGCAGGAUUGCGGCUGCGCAGACGGCCACCCCCGUCCGCCCGCGCCUCCGUGUCUGCGUGGGGGCCAUGGCGCGGGGGAGGGGGGCAGCAGGACCCCAACCGUGUCGCUCUCUGGGGCCACCGUAGACCUGCCACCAGCCUGCUGUUUUUUAAAAAGGGAGAGGGGAGAAAUCAAGGAUAGUUGAUUGGCCAACCUUCCACCCGGGAUAGCCGUUCCCGGGCCGUGCUCCCGGAGCGCAGCCGCUCUGUCCAGAGAGACGCUUGGUUCCUGGACCCGGAGCCCCGGGAGGCGCCGGAGUCCCAAGCUGGGGCUGCUGUGAGGGAGAGCACGGCGGAGGGAGGAGCCAAAGGGAGGAGUCCAGCGCAAGGAAGCGCGCUCCUGGCUCUGCCCGCGGUGCUGUGCCCACACCCGGGAGCCCGGCCGGCCUCCAGCUUCCAGGGCCCCGGAGCAGGACCCCCGGCACUGCCCCGCGCCAGCCCUGGUGACGAGCGAGCCCCUGCCCGUGCUCCGGAAAUGGCCCAGCAGCCCGCGCCCCGCCCGCCGGACCUGACCUCCUCUCGGGUCCUCGCUCCUUUUUCCUGCCUUACUCGGGACCCUGCAGUGGGCCGGACCCGCCCUCCCGGCUCGGGCUGUGCCAUUGUCCCAGGGAGCUGGGAACGUGCCGCUGAGAUUGUGUCCUUGGGGCGCCUUGGGUAUCCUCUGUGAGGGGCUUGUCCUUCCCAUGUACAUAAACGCAGUAUUUUCCA